UUGUUUUAUUCAGAAAAGCUGGGAAACGUCAUUUCCGCCUUGAUACGGUUCCUUAGCAACUUCGACGCUGUGUGCUCCUGCUUUUAUGCCUAAGCUAAAGCUGUCUGCUGUCUGUUAGCUAUCAGAAGCUCAGAACAGGCAGAGGGGUACCGCAUCUAAUGGACCCUGAGAAUGAGCUCGACGAACUACUUGACGAAGUGGAACGAAAGUUCUGUCGGGAUGUUAGUAUUACGGACACAUCCGACACCGGAAGCAGGAGGCUGCACAGAGCCAGAACAUCUGAGACCACAAACCUUUUCUCUGAGGAAGUGGACAACUUGCUAAAGGAACUGCUGGAGGAUGAGAAACCUCAAGAUGUUUCUAAACUGAAGUUUCCUUGCAAAGAUUCCGGAGCCGAGCAGAAGUUCUGCCCUCAGUCUGGAGGCAGAAGAUGCUGUCCUGUCUUCAUCGGAGGGAGUUCUUACCCCGUUGGUAUUGGAACCUCCACAUCUGAAAGGUCUUGUGACCAACUUCGCUGUCUCUCCUGUGACUUCAGGGUUCUGAUGUUUGACCACAAUGAAUGGGACACAUCCUGUGACUACCUCUUUUUUAGGAACCAUAUGCCAGAUCAUCAGAAGCUCCAAACCAAGCUGAAGAAGAGGAGAGGUUUCCGAGCCUAUGCCUGUCAGUGUAGCUGGUUCUGCUGCUCUGAGCUGAUGGACCUCAGUGGUCUGACUCAGCUGAAGUGGAUUUGUGGAAGACAUCUGAACUGAGGUCAAGGUGCUGCACCUUCCACAGAUGGAAGUGGAUCUGUUUCUUGGCUUUAGGGCACCUUGAAAGUAUUCACCUCUGCUUGUUCAUCAGGAAAAACUCUAAAGAUUUUUGACAGUGAAAGUAAAUGUGCUGUGGAGAAAAGGUUGCUCGUAGGACCUUAAGUGAACGAAGCAGAGGAUCUGUUUAUAUUGGAGAAACCUAUCUGUGAAAAACAUUCAAACUUCAAAAUUUCAGUUUCAAUGUGUUGUUUCCUUUGAUUACGUGACUUAAGCUAAUAAGGAAAAUGUAAAAGAAUAUAUAUAUUUGAUAAAUAAACAAGAAAUUAAAGUUGUGAAUGAAAAUCCACUGUACAUACUGUUGAUAAGGAUUAUGUAUAUAUAUAUAUGAAUAUACAAUUGAAGUAAGAAUGCAAAAGUGUAAGAGUUUAAUGGGUUCAUAUGAUUAAGUGUACUAAUUUCUGCAAUAAAUGUUAACAAAUGA